GCUCCACCGGCGCAGACCCCCACUACGAGAGGGUCUUCCUGUUGGACCCACAGUACCAGAACCCGGCGGUGCUGAGGAACAAGCUGCCCGAGCUGUCGCAGAGCGCCGAGGCCUCAGCAUGUGGCGGAGGAUACGCUGAGCCUGACGUCACCCAGUGCACACCGCACCAGUGUUUCCAUAACAACGCGCCGCACUACGCUGAGACGGACAUUGUGCGGCUGCAGGGCGUCACCGGCAGCAACAUGUACGCCGUCCCCGCUCUCACCGUGGACUCUCUCACCCGGAAGGACAUCUCGGCUGCCGAGUUCCCACGGCAACAGCUGAUCUUCAGGGAGAAGCUGGGGGAGGGUCAGUUUGGAGAGGUCCACCUGUGUGAGGCUGAGGCACUCCCAGAAUUCCUCGGGGAGGGGUCGCCCCUCCCUGAACGAGACGGCCACUCGGUGCUUGUGGCCGUUAAACAGCUGAGGGCCGACGCCACCAGCCAAGCCAGGAACGACUUCCUGAAGGAGAUAAAGAUCAUGUCUCGUCUGAAUGACCCCAACAUCAUCCGGCUGCUGUGUGUGUGCGUGUCGUCAGACCCGCUGUGCAUGGUGACCGAAUACAUGGAGAACGGAGACCUCAACAUGUUUCUGUCACAGCGAGAGAUCGAGAGCACACUGACACAUGCCAACAACAUCCCUUCAGUCAGUCUGUCCGACCUCCUCCACAUGUCGGUGCAGAUCUCGUCGGGGAUGAAGUAUCUGGCAUCUCUGAACUUCGUGCAUCGAGACCUGGCCACGAGAAACUGCCUGCUGGACCGGCGCCUCACCAUCAAGAUCGCCGACUUCGGGAUGAGCCGAAACCUAUACAGCAGUGACUACUACCGCAUCCAGGGCCGGGCGGUGCUGCCCAUACGAUGGAUGGCGUGGGAGAGCAUCCUACUGGGUAAGUUCACCACGGCCAGCGACGUGUGGGCGUUCGGUGUCACCCUGUGGGAAAUCUUCACCCUGUGCAAGGAGCAGCCGUACAGCCUGCUGUCUGACGAACAGGUCAUCGAGAACACUGGCGAGUUCUUCAGGAACCAGGGCAGACAGAUUUUUCUCUACACCCCGCCUCUCUGCCCACCUUCUCUCUUUGAGCUGAUGAUGCGUUGUUGGAGUCGAGAUAUCCCCAACCGACCGUCCUUCGAGGGACUUUACCAAGCCCUGAGGCCCCACGUCAACCAGUGAGCCGAGGCCACUGGGAUGUACCGCUCUGGCUUUCCUCCGCAAAGCAUUUGUUUGUAUCUGGACUCCUGGAAAACGACAGACUGACGUGAAAUGAGAGCGAGUCUCAGUCAGAGGAAAGUGACGGAGCCACAGGUUGGUUUGCUUUGUGGGAAUGGCUGAGAGACAAGAUGGAGAUGGGAAGGGGAUGAAAAGGCUGGUCGACUCAGAGGAGGAACGUUUCACCAGAUCAGAACCUUUCAGUCGUAGUGAACAAAGAUUUUUAAGCUUUCCACAGAUUUCUGUCAAAGUCAGUUUCAAAGUUUCAUCCAUCUCAAGCCUCUUUGACCAAAAUAUCUUGUCGGACCUUUUGACAAAUCUUCUUUUCUUGUUGUUGUGGUGCCAAAGGUGCCUUAGACUUUAUUUCCCUCCUCUUCAGUCCUGGUAGUGUCUCCUGUCCCUGUGGUUUUUAUUAUUAUUGUAAAGCACUGUGUCUGUGUCUCAGUUAUUCGUGUUCAUAUAUUAACCCACACUGGAGCUAGGGUUAGGGUGAAGUUGUAGUGUAGGAUUUUAUUUUUUAAGAUUUUUAUUCAGUUUCAUUGUUUUCUUGGUUUAUUGUAUUUUCACGUGUUUUUUGUGGAUGUUGUCCAGCUGAGGUCGAUCAGUGUCACACGGCUGCAGUGAAACCUGCGUCAGUCACUGUGGCUCGUGAGGGAAAGAAAGACAAGAGGAGGUUAAAACCAAAUAAGAUAAAAAUGACUGAGAUAAUGAACAAAGAUUGUUAAUGUUAAAACGAUUGAAUUAUUCUGGUAAAAUUAUAAAACUCAUCCAUAUAAAAUUUUUUAUUAAUGACAUCUAAACUUGAUGUUUUUAUCCAAAGUGAUGACAUUUGAAGGAGGUGAGUUCACCUUCCAGUGCAAAUCACAACUCUGGUUCUGAAAAUGUGGAGGAAUCAAACUUUAUGUAAAUAUCGUAAUGUCAAGGUAUCAAUUCAUCUCUGUCUGUUUGUGGAUCUUAAAACACGAAUGUUGGAGUCCAUCAGCCUCAUGGUUGAGUUAGCUUGUGGUUUGUGUUAGCCAGCUAGCCACAGAUCAUUAAGACAGAAACAAAUUAAAAUGGCAAAUAAAAUGAUGUUGUUAGUUUGCAUAACUGCAGUUGGUUAAUAACUUGUUCGCUGGGGACAAGAUUUACUUCAGUGUCAGAUAUAUGCAAGCUAACUACAUCGGCUAACUAACCGGCAGGUUAAGGUUCAGCGAGGUAUAAAUUAGGUUAUAAGACUUUAGGGUUCGUUCCAGAAACAGUGGAGGUGUUGGUUAACCCAUCACUAGUUUUCUUGCCCUCCCCCACGUUGACAGUAUCAUAGUUAGACUAAGUUUGGUGUUAUUUUACUGCUGCAGCCAAUCCAACCACAUUGAGGUCAAGUUUCGACAACUGGAGAUGAAGCAUUAUGUCCAUCGUAGCCUGAACGUAGCAGAACUACUGUGUUAGAACGGGACCCUGGGAUCUGAGGGCCUGAGGAGCUGAUCCACCUGAAACAGAUGAAGAUCUCACCCGUCGCUCUCUUCAUCAACCAGCCAAUCACUGCUGCACCUUCAGGCCUGACACUCUCAAGGAGGAGAUUUCAGAAAAUACAGAAUCCUUCUCUAAAUCAGCCGCGAUGACCCGUCAACAAGGUGUUUCUUCAAAUCUAUGUUAAUCUGCUCUGCAUAACAUUUGAAAGAGUUGUUGAUGCAGAGAAAGAGGUGAUGGAGAUGUUACACACACGAACCGCACGAUUUACCUUUUUAUUAAGCUUUAAACAAGUUAAACCAAAGGCUCAACAUUCUACUACAGAACAUUGUUCUGUCGAUCAACAACAAAUCAUCUCUGUUGAUCUGACGUAUGAGCUAAAAACAGGAAACGCUACCUUUGCUUUUCAGCGUCAGCUGUAACUGUUCCACACACAUGGUUCCACAGUAACGAGACCGGAGUCCAUACUAAUAUGUAUUUAACACACUGAGCUUAUUGUGCCAUUAGCAAUAAUGGAGCUAGUGUUAGCUGGUUUUAGCUAAAUGCUAACAGUUAGACUGGAUAGCUCUUCAUGUUAGCAGACCUGCUACACUGACAGUUUUACCAUAAUUUCCCACUUUUCAAAAGCAUUUAAGUUGUAACUUGAACUUUAAUAGAUAUCGUACGUAUUGAACAAGCAUGGCAUUUAUUGGCUAACUGUUUUCAAUGUUUUGUUGCUAAUGUUUUAGUUUUGUUAUUGAUUAAACAGCUGGAAUCUCAGCAGCUGUAUCCACUGAUAUGAUGACACUGUGUACGGUUGACGUUAAACACAUGGCAGAUUUUCUUUAGCUUCCCUUCCACAUGACUUUCACACGGCAUAAGCUAACAUGGAGAGCUAGCAUGUUAGCAGUUCGUUUGGUAACCAAUUAGCGUGUUUCCGGUGUGAUGAAAUCU